UGGGGUGGUGGUGGUGGGGGGGGUGGUGGUGGUGGAGAGAACCCCGCCAGGAAUUCGACACCACUCCGAGUGAACGGGCGGGGUUGCGGAGAUUGAUCCGAUUACGGGGUGGGGCGUGGUGGGGGGGGGCGAAUAACAUCGAUUUGCAAAUCAAGAAUGAAAUUCAAUGAAAUAGCUACCUCCUCGAUGAGCCGCGUCACCAUAAAAUUAUAACAAUUAUAAUAAUUCUAAUAAUUACAUCAUGAUCAUCAUUUAGUUACGGACCAAUCAAUGACCAGGAAUUGAACUGUACACUUCAGAUCACGAGUUAAGCCCUCUGAACGCAGGCACUACCGAGUUGAAUAUUGCGCAGACAACAACAACAGCAACAACAACAACAACAGCAGCAGCAACAACAACGACAACAACGGCGGCGCCUACGCCUCUGUGAGUCUGAAGACUGCUCCUGCUCGAGAGGGUCGCGUGCCCUCGUCUUAGAUAGGAGGCUGCACUGGCCAGAGGGGACGUCUACUUGCUGUACUGCCAUCGUUUGGCCAGCCUCGCCUGUGAGGUCUCACGCAGCAUUCACAAUUCGCUCUGCCAACUCCCACCACCACUACCCACCACCACCACCCACCACCACCCACCACCCACCACCCGUAGCUCGGCACUCCAAGUCACUAGGUGCGCACGACGAGACACCAGUUGCGAGGCUCUUUGCGCUAGCAACAGGCAAUGCAGGCACUCGCGCGAGGCAUAGGCAUCGAGCUAUCUGCACGCUAGCAAUAAGGCACUCGCAGUAGGCACUUAGACAAUAGCUACUCGGCAUGAGCCACUAAAGAUGAGCAAUAGACAUUUUAGGCAUUCGACGCGAGAAAUGUACAAUGUAGGCACUUGUAAUAGGUACCAGGAAUAGGCGUCAUAGAGACCAGGCACUAGCAAUAGGCAUUACACAAUAGGCACCAGCAAUAGGCGUCGGAGACACCAGGCACUAGCAAUAGGCGUCAUAGACACCAGGCACUAGCAAUAGGCAUUACACAAUAGGCACCAGCAAUAGGCGUCAUAGACACCAGGCACUAGCAAUAGGCAUUACACAAUAGGCACCAGCAAUAGGCGUCAUAGACACCAGGCAGUAGCAAUAGGCAUUACACAAUAGGCACCAGCAAUAGGCGUCAUAGACACCAGGCACCAGCAAUUGGCGUCAUAGGCACCAAGCAAAACGAAGAAAGGCUCUCAGAAGUAGCUCUGUGAUAUCCGCUUCCACGGGUCGUUCUGAGUGGAGCAGAGAAGACGACGAAGAAGAAGAAGCGUGUUGUUGUUGCUGCUGCUGCCGCCAUGCUGGCGAGGAUGCGGCCGGGCCGCCGUGGCUCCCCUGCCACGCUGCUGCCGCUGCUGCUCGUCUCCACGGCGCUGGCCGUGACCACCAUGGUGGCGCGCCUGGGCCGCGCCUCGGGCUGCCCGGCACGCUGCGAUUGCUCCCCACACAACCGCUCGGUGGUGUGCCACCGGCGUCGCCUCGCCUCCAUCCCCGAGGGCAUCCCCACGGAGACGCGCUCGCUCGACCUCAGCAAGAACCGCAUCCGGGCGCUCGCCGCCGACGACUUCGCCGCCUUCCCGCUGCUCGAGGAGGUGGACGUGAGCGAGAACGUCCUGGCGAGCAUCGAGGACGGCGCCUUCAACAACCUGCCGCACCUGCGCUCGCUGCGUCUCCGCAGCAACCGCCUCAAGCUCAUCCCCCUGGGCGCCUUCGCCGGCCUCGGCAACCUCACGCACCUCGACAUCAGCGACAACCGCGUCGUGGUCCUCCUCGACCUCAUGUUCGCCGACCUCCGCAGCCUGCGCUCGCUCGACGUGGGCGACAACGAGCUGGUGUACGUGUCGCAGCGCGCCUUCGCCGGCCUGCACAGCCUCGAGCACCUGGCGCUCGAGCGUUGCAACCUGACGUCGGUGCCCGCCGACGCGCUGUCCCACCUGCACCGACUGCUGUCGCUGCGUCUGCGCCACCUCGGCAUCGGCGCCGUGCCGCCGUACGCCCUGCGCCGCCUCUCGCGCCUCAAGGCGCUCGAGAUCGAGCACUGGCCCCUGCUCGAGGCGCUGGCGCCCAACAGCCUCUACGGGCUCAACCUGACGCGCCUCUCCGUGACGCACUGCAACCUGACGGCCGUGCCGUACGCGGCGCUGCGCCACCUCGUCUACCUGCGCCUCCUCAACCUCUCCUUCAACCCCAUCGCGGCCGUCGAGGGCCGCCUGCUCGUCGACCUGGCGCGCCUCCAGGAGCUGCACCUGGCGGGCGCGCGCCUCGCCACCGUCGAGGCCCGCGCCUUCCACGGCCUCGGCCACCUGCGGCUGCUCAACGUGUCGGGCAACCGCCUCGACACACUCGAGGAGGCCGCCUUCCAGUCGGUGGCCAACCUCGCCGUGCUGCGCCUCGACGACAACCCGCUCGCCUGCGACUGCCGACUGCUGUGGCUGCUGCGCCGGCGACGGCGCCUGAGCUUCGACGGCGCGCAGCCGGCGUGCGCCGCGCCCGACGGCGUCCGCGGCUGGGAGUUCCGCAACUUCCCCGACGUCCUCCUGCCCAACUACUUCACCUGCCGACGGCCGCGGAUCCUCGACGGGGACGCCGCGCCGGCGUCGUCGUCCGCGUCCUCGGCGCCGCCGCCGCAGCCGUCGUCGUCGUCGCGCUGGAGGAGCGCCGUGGUGGACGAGGGCCACAGCGCCGUGUUCCCGUGCCGCGCCGAGGGUGACCCGCCGCCCAGGGUCUUCUGGCUGUCGCCGCAGAGGGCCGCGCUGACGGCGCGGGGCAACGGGCGCAUGCUCGUGUCGCCCGACGGCGCUCUCGAGGUGCGCUACGCGCAGCCGGGCGACGGCGGCGUGUACACGUGCGUGGCGGCCAACGCGGGCGGCAACGACACCCUGGCGGUGCGCCUCGCCGUGCGCGGCUACGCGGGCGCCGACCACUUCCUGCACAUGGCCAGGACGACGCCGCUCGUGGACGGCGCGGCCAGGCCGGGCCACGGCGACAACGGCAGCUGGGACGACGACGGCGGCGGCGGCGGCAGCGGCGUCGGAGGGAGCGACGUGGCGCUGCCUCACAAGAGGUUCCUGCUCAAUCUGCAGACGGUACUCGUGGCCACGGCCAUGGGAUGCUGCUCCUUCCUGGGCGUCGUGCUGCUCUGCCUGCUGCUCCUGUUCGUCUGGAGCCGCGCCAAGGGGCGCGUGAAGAAGACCUUCGACGUGGGACACGUGCCGCGGUGCAACCAAGAAGGCGGCGGCGGCGGCGGCGGCGGCGGUGGCGCCGAGCCGAGGACAUUCAGCACCCGAAUGAUGUAGGGAGGCGGGGUGUAGAGUGCCGCCGUUGUGACGUCGUCGCCGGCGUUGUGACGUCGUCGUUGUGACGUCGUCGCCGUCGUUGUGACGUCGUCGUUGUGACGUCGUCGCCGUCGUUGUGACGUCGUCGCCGUCGUCAUCGGUUUCAUCGUCACGAUGAUCGGCGGCAGCAGCAGCAGCAGUAGCAGCAGCAACAUCAACACAAGAGUCGUCGUUCUAUUUCUCAUUGCCACUAUCAUGGCAUCAAUGUGAUCGUCAGUAGCAGUCAGAAUCAGAAUAUGUAUUUAUACUGAUGAGCUAUGAAGUUCUUUCUCGCAGAUGUCCAGUGGGCAACGGGCAUCGUUAUUUCUCAUCAUCAUCAGCAGCAUCGGGCAAUCAUCAAUGCGAUCGUCAUCAGCAGCAGUAGCAGCAGCGGCAUCGCUAUUUGCCAUCAUCAACAUGCAUUUGUUACGAGUUGUCUUCACUAUUGUAUAAUCAUCAUCACUUCUUCAUCAUCAUCAUCAUCGUGGGGUCAGUAAAAUAAGUACAACUUCAGAAGGCUGCACUGCAAUUCGAUUGCAGACUCUGUAUGAACCUACGUUGUAAAAUCUUUCAAUAAAUCGUGUAAUAAUAAU